AGUGACUCAUCAGCGCUGUGUUCUUCUAUGAAAGGGGAGCGGACUCUGCACAAGGGCAGGGAAGUGUGAUAGAGUUUGAGCUGAGAACAUUCAGACCCCAGACAGCAUGCCUGCUGCUUCCAUUGCCUGCUUCCUGUGCCUGCUCGCUGUCUCCUCAGCUUGCUACAUCUCAAACUGUCCCAUUGGGGGAAAGAGGGCCGUGAUCGACUCAGCCAGCAGAAAAUGCAUGGCAUGUGGUCCUGGGAACAGGGGGCGCUGCUUUGGCCCCAGUAUCUGCUGCGGGGAGGAGCUGGGUUGUUACGUUGGUACCCCGGAGACGAAGAGCUGUCUGGAGGAGAAUUCCCUGUCGUCUCCGUGUGAGGCUGGAGGGAGAGUGUGCAGGGCUGAAGAGGGGGGGCGUUGUGCUGCACCUGGCAUCUGCUGUGAUGAAGGUGAGUCUCACACCCGUGCCCAUGUAACAGGGUGGAGGCUGGGAUCUCCCCCCUUUAACCUCACCGAUUGGCUGCAGCCAAUCUAUCAGAUCCAGAUCACAGCAUCAACGUAA